UUAAACAACGAACAGAUAGGACCCCAUUACUAUUUUUCUUAUUUUUGUUUCUUCCCAAAAAUGUUCAUGCUUUGCAACUCAAAAUAAAGAGCUGGUUUUCUUUUCUUUCUUUUUCAAUAAUGGGAGUUGUGACAUCAACGAUGGCGGCCAAGUUUGCAUUUUUCCCACCGAAUCCGCCUUCGUAUACGGUGGUCGAGAGUGGAGGGAAGCUGGUAAUGAGUGGGGCGCUGGCAAGGGAGAGCGUCGAUGUGUUAAAGGUGGGAACCAAGAGAGGGAAUGAGGUGGUGGCGGUGUAUAUGAAGAACCCUGGAGCUGCGUUGACUGUUCUUUACUCACACGGGAAUGCGGCUGAUCUGGGUCAAAUGUAUGAUCUUUUCAGUGAACUCAGUUUACACCUCAGAGUUAACUUACUGGGUUAUGAUUAUUCUGGGUAUGGGCAGUCAAGUGGGAAGCCAACUGAGCAGAACACCUACGCCGACAUAGAAGCUGUAUAUAGAUGCCUUGGGGAGAAAUAUGGAGUGAAGGAGGAAGAUGUUAUCUUAUAUGGUCAAUCAGUUGGAAGUGGGCCUACUCUAGAUCUCGCAACUCGGUUGCCUAAACUUAGGGCUGUGGUUCUUCACAGCCCAAUCUUGUCUGGUCUGAGAGUAAUGUAUCCAGUGAAGCGAACUUACUGGUUUGACAUAUAUAAGAAUAUUGACAAGAUACCAUUGGUCAACUGUCCUGUUCUAGUAAUCCAUGGAACGGGUGAUGAUGUUGUCGAUAUUUCCCAUGGUAAGCAGCUUUGGGAACUUUGUAAAGAGAAAUAUGAACCUUUGUGGGUUAAAGGCGGGAAUCAUUGUGACUUGGAACUAUAUCCACAAUACAUCAAGCAUCUCAAAAAAUUCAUUUCAGCCAUCGAGAAAUCUCAUCAUAGAAAUGGGUCUGCCCCAAUUCCUGGUCAACCAGAGAAACCUCGUAACAGCACAGAUUUCAGGGAGACAUCCAGACCAAGCACAGACCAGAGGGAAAAGACUAGGGCCAGUACUGACCAAAGAGAAAUGCCAAAGUUAAGCACUGACCGUCAAGAAAAAGCAAGAACCAGUAUCGAGAGAAGAGAAAAAUCAAGAAAGAGUGUUGAUCGACCUGACAAAUUAUGUAAUGGAAGCUCUGACCAACCUGAGAAAGCAAGGAUCAGUAUUGAUCGCUUUGGGGAGAUUAUGAGAUCUGUUGGAUUGUGCAAUAUUGGUUGUUUCAGGCCUACUACAGCAACGGGUAAAGACCAGUCUGCUGAUUGAGGUUGUAUUUUAGAUUCCAUUUUAUUUAAUUUGAUUGGUCCAUAGUGUUGUCCGGGGUGAUACGAAAAA